AUCACAUUUACCCUUCAACAAAAUCCUCUCAUAUUGUGUGUAUGCGGUAUGAUUCAACGCCACCGAAACAUUGCCUUGAAGAUAUGUCGUGCAAAAACAAUGAACAUAUCCUCUUCGACAAUAGAAUAACUAGGACAUCCGAAAUUAAAUUAGAUAUGGCGGGGUGGUUUGAUCCAUAUCCUGUCCACCCUAUUCAAGCUUCAGGCAUAAAAAGUUUUGAGGUCAAUAUCCAUGAUAUGCAAGAAGUUGAUUCCUCUACAUUGGCUAUGGAUGAAAAAUCUUUAUUAACUUAUAAUGUCGAUGGAAAACACAGUACAAUUCGGCUACCUGAAAGACAACCUGCUCUUUACGGUGUUUCAUUGGAAGUGCUGGAUGGUGCUGGGAAUUUAAAAAAAGCCAGAAGAUUUGUGUUAUAUGACGACUCCUCUAGUCUGCUUGUAGACUCUAACAAGACGUUUUUCCUUACGUCGGGGAGCCCUGUAACGAACUUCACAUGGCAAACACAUCAUGGUGAUAUUUGUAGCACUUGGAAAGACCGAUAUUAUAAUUCCUAUAACAUCAAUUAUAAUUUACUAAGAAAAAUCAAUCCUGAUUUCUAUAAAUUUUAUAAAGGAAUUUAUGAACAAAUUACAGGACAGUUGCCUGUGAAUGGAACGCCAAAUUUUAACGGAGUAGUUGGAACCCGUUAUCUUGCUUCUUGUGAUGGAACAACGAUUCAAAACAUAACAUUGCAAAACUUUUUAAGCCAAAGAACUUGUCAAAAAUAUAACUUAAAAGAUGGACAAACAUAUGAAAUAUCCAUAAUUCCUAUCGACAUUAUUCGAAAUUCCUUAAAAGAAACGAUUACCGUGCAUAUCGACGCCAGUGUUCCAGACAUUAUAGAUAUUAGCUUGGAAAAAGAUAAUGUUCGCCAACUCUUUGUUCACAACUCUUCAGAUCUUUCCAGAAUGAAUAUAACCUUUGAGGCUUUUGACAUUCAUAGUGGAAUACAUUCAAUAGAAUGGAUGCUGGGUACAACAAACGAUAACGGAGAUUUGGGGAAAGGGGCCAUAGCUGUGCAUCACCUGAAAACAAUGGAAUCUUGUAAUGGCUCAAAUCAUUGUUAUUGUCCAAGGAUUGGUGUUUGCGAAAAAUCGUUGUAUUGGGUAAACUUCAACAGCUUGGUGAAGAAUAACAAACACAAAGGACACCAUAACAGAGAAUAUUUCUUUGCAUUAAAAGUUACAAAUGGUGCAAAACUGGUCAGCAUAUCUAAAGUUGAUAUCCUUACCGAUGAUUCUCCACCUGAAAAAGGAGUGGUCGAGGAAGGACCAAAUAACAGCCCAGAUAUUGAUUUUACGUCAUCUAAAAGAAUACUCGUGCGAUGGAGUGACUUCAUUGACCAUGAGAGUGGUAUCAAAAAAUAUCGCGUUGGCAUCAGUAAAACAUGUCUAUCAAAAGAUGAGAUGCUCCACAACUAUCACAGUAGAAUAGAGACACACAAAUAUUUGUUUGAAACCAAAAAUAAUCACAUCAGUGUCCAAGUUGAAAAUCCGGGACAGUAUUUUACUUCCGUCAUUGCUUAUAACUAUGCUCUAGAAGCCUCAGAUGUAUCGUGUUCAGAUGGUAUUGUAUAUGAUGUUUCUGAACCUCUUGUAAACGACUUGAUUUUACGUAAUUCCAAAUCAGAUGAGUUUAUAGGAUGUUAUAAUUCUUCAGCUUGGCUAAUCUUGAAUAAUAUUACAGCCGUAUCAUUGCAGUGGACAAAUCUUUGUCAGCAAAAAUGUAAUGAAAGUGGUAUGGAAUAUAGUCUUAUAAGGCACUUGCCUCGUGUGUACUUAAAUGCAUCUGAUGACGAAUCAUACGCAGACGCUCUUUGCCAGAAGCUUAAAGUUUACAAUGAGGAGUACUUUACAUAUAUACCUUCCGAUGAAAUCCAUCUGGUGUGGAAUGUGACAGACGAAGAAUCACAGAUUCAAAUGAUGCAAAUUGGAUUCUUGUCUACAAAACAAAACUCUCUUGAUCCGGAUAUUAUGUCAUUUACGCCAACAAAGCGUUUAUUAAGUGAGCGAAUGCAUUCAGGAAUAGACCCAGGAAUCCCAUUCUUUAUUGUCUUGAAAGCAUCCAAUAAAGCCAACCUUGAAACAAUUGUAACGCUGGGACCUGUCAUUAUUGAUGACACACCACCUCAGUAUAGCGGGGGCGUAAAUGUCACUAUGGAUAACGACUUCGUUUAUGUCGUUUGGAAUGAUAAAACUUUCCUUGAAGAGGAACAAAAAGAGGAUGUUUCGAACAUUCUCUUCAAAAUAGGCCAUGGUUCAACUUUCUUUACACCGUUGUUACAAGGAUAUAUUACUCAUGCUUGUCCAAAGUUCAAUAACACGAUCACUUGCUUCAAGUAUCCAAUCCGAAGAAUCCAAAGUCUAAAUGAUGAUUAUACUUCAUUUUACUUUGAGUUGUACAUUUACAACAUAGUAGGUCAUUCUUUAAUAAUUCGAACAGAGAACUUUAUAGUUCCCUCUCGAUAUCCCCCAACUCCAGGGACGGUUCUGGACAGAAGUGAAGAGUUUUGGCGGUCAAAUGAUAUUGAUUUUAUAGCAAAAGGAGAUAUUGUAUGCGUCGAUUUUCUUGGUUUCAGACACAACGAAAGAGUCUCUCUUGAACUUGCUCUGUCUACGGACAAAAAGUUUGAUAACGUUAUGAAAUUUAGACCGCUUCCUCAAAAUAAAUGUUUGCACAAUGUCACAUUGCCUGUUAAUGUAAAGAUUUAUUCACUGAUAAGAGCAUCGUCUUCAGGAGGAAAUACAACUUCGAUGUCGGAUGGAUUUGUUGUUAUUGAUAAAGCUCAGGUUAAGAGUGCUCUUAGUGUUAUUGACGGAGUUCCAUGUGGACCUUCUUCAGUUUAUUUUCAAGAAAAAAUUCCCGCCACAACGAAAAAUAAUACUAUUUCUAUCCGUAAACCACUGGCAUUGAACCAUAUUUUUACGUUAAAAUUAACUGGCCAUCGAUUUAGCAUGAAUGAUAUUUCCUCCCAAGAUACUCUCUGGAUAAGCAACAAAUCAAUUUCAGACACAGAGAUUCGAAGGUCCUUUGUUCCACUAGUAAACAAUCCGACUUUUAUUGUCAAUACUAAUGGAAAUAUAACAUACAAAAAUAUAACCUUAGAUAUUUUGUCCUGUUACGAAAAUGCAGAUUUUCAAACCGAACCUCAAGUCUAUAAAGUGUUUUGGAAAAUACAAAAGGAAUACGAGAAUUUGGUUACACACUUCUUAACAACUAUCAUGUCAUCUUCUCGUGGAGAGGCCUAUGCUCUGCCACUGCAAAAAACGAAAACAAUGCAAAACAUACCUCUGAAUGGAAUUCAACUCAAGGAGAGCCACGCAUAUAAGGCUGUAGUGCAAGCAUGCUUCGAAAACGUUUGUAGUAUUCCUGAAAAGUCAAAAGGAUCCAUAAUUCAGCUCCAAAAUCCAACAAGUGGAACGCUCAGCUUGUCACUGGAAGCCGUUCACAAUCAUCAGUACAACCUGGUUAUGUCGUUUGAAAGAUUUCUAUGCAGUGAUUAUACAACGGCAAAGAUAUAUUUAGUUUCAAUAUCAAAUAAAAAUGGUGAACAGAUUGACAAUUGGAGAAGAAUUCAUCUAACAAAUUUAAAUUCCACAUUAAUUUCAGCUAUAAUAUAUAACAUCACUCUUCCGAUCUAUUUAAAACACUCAGUUUCUGCCUGUGUAAAAGGGGUGUGCCUGUCUGGGAAAUCGAUCACUACUUGUGAAAUUAUUGGAACCAAAGAAGAUGGCAGAAGUGAGGAUACAAAUAUUGUCUACGAAAUAAAUGCAGAUUCCGAUGACAUGGCAAAUAUCCGUUCUUUUGUACAUAGCAUAUAUCUUGGGGAGAAUAUGGCUACAUUACAUAACAAUGAAAUUGAUAUCAUUACAAAGAAUACAAAGUUAUCAGGGGUGCUUACAAAUGCAUUUGGUCGCGAUAUCAAAUGGUAUUUAAUGACGGAACCGCGUAUACCUAACAUGUCUUGUUCCGACGACAUUGCAUGCCUGCAGACGACUUCUUCCCUCGAUGGCGUCGGACAAUUUAAACGAAUUCUACUUCAAGAGAACAAAAGGUAUUUUAUAUGUGCAUAUUCAAGCAAAACAAUUCUAAGAUACGAAAAAUUUACCGAAGAAAAAGAGGAAAUUGAAGUCUGUGGUAAUGGUAUGAUUGUGGAUGAUUCCCCUCCCAUUCCAGGAGAGGUUAACAUUGUUACAGAUAAUGGGUAUUUCGUUAAUACGGAAGGCGUGUUUGUGAUAACCUGGGAAAAUUUUACAGAUAUGGAACAGAAUGCUGAAAUUCCCUUUCCGUCAGGCAUAGCAAAAUAUGAAUACUGCAUUGGGACCUAUGUUGGUGGAAGAGAUGUGAUACCCUUUGUUGAUGUGGGCAUAGUUAUGUCUGCAGUCAUUACAAACGUAACCAUGAAUAACAAAGUAACGUACUUUGCCACUGUUAGAGCAACUGAUAGAGUCGGUCAUCUUGUUCAGAGCUCAUCAGCAGGCGUUAUGUUUGAUAAUACACCACCUACUAUUGGACAAGUGUUUGCCGGAAUAACAGAAAUUCACAAGUAUAUAGCAAGUCACAAGGAUAUAUCAGCUUCAUGGUUUGGUUUUGAUGACCCUGAAAGUGGCAUUAAAUCAUUUCAUGUGGGAAUAGGGUCUUCUAACUUUACUGCUGACAUCUAUCCACUGACAGAAGUUGACGGAAAUUUUUGGAAAUUAGAGGAAUCGCUUGAUUCCAUUAUUGAUGGAUAUGAAUAUUACAUCCAUCUACUGGUGACAAACAAUGCAGGGUUAUCAACAACUUCACAUUCCCAUCCAUUUCUAGUUGACAGUAGUCCACCAUCUGGAGGUUUUGUGAAAGAUGGCGAUUCCCAGGUUGAAGUUGAUUUCCAGUUAAAUACGACUUACAUAUGUGCAAGCUGGGAUGGUUUUCAUGACAUUCACACAAAACUUUCAUACUAUGAAGUUGGCCUGGCAAUAUCAAAUCAGGAAGAUGAGAAUUUUCCAUUUACAUCUGUUGGACUAAGUAAAAAGAACUGUUGGACGGGUUUAUUUGAACCUGGGAUGAAGUAUUACACUAUUGUCAGAGCAUGCAAUCAGGCAGGUCUGUGCACUAGGAAGUAUUCCGAUGGCAUCGUAGUUGACAGCUCACCUCCGGUACCGGGGCUGAUCCAUGUCGGUUUAAGUGAUAGACAUCAGCAUUAUAUAAGUCAUAGGAAUUCUAUUUCGGCACAGUGGAUCGGUUUCCAAGAUCCACAUUCUGAUCUCGAUCACUUUGAAUUCUGUCUCAGUAAGAAAAAUUACUCGUGUGAUAUAACAUCAUUUGAAAAUGUGCUGCUAACGAACCGCAUUACAAAAUCCGGUGUUAGUUUACCGAUUGGAACAAAUUUAUACGUUAUACUGCGUGCAUAUAACCGAGUUGGGCUGUAUACACAACGAUUCUCUGAAAAGUUUAGAGUUGAUACCUCACCCCCUUUAGAAGUCGAGAAAGCAGGCAUUGAUAAUUCCCAAUUUUCAUAUCGUCAUGGCACACAGUACGAACCCUCGAUAAUAAUUGUUCGGUGGAAUUUUUCGGAAUUAGAAAGUCAUAUUGAGUCAAAUGAAAUCAUCUUAAAAUCACAUAGUAGUGGUAGAACUGUUCAGGAUCAAAUCAUAUAUGGCAAUGAAAAUAAUAUGACCAUAAAGUUAUCCGAGGAAGAUAGACUGAGGGAUGGUGAUGCCUAUAGUGUACUUGUAUCUUGUUGCAAUGCCGCUGGACUUUGCACACAAUCAAAGUCUGAUUUAGUUUUAGUAGAUUCCUCUCCACCCCAAAUCGGUGGGUUUAGAAACCCCAUGAAGUGGAAUAACGUUGGUAAUGCUACCUUAAUUCAGUUGUUGUGGUAUGGAUUCACAGAUUUUGAAAGUGGGGUAGAACAGUAUGGGUUAGCAAUAAGUUCUUCAUUCACUGGUUCGGAAUUAUCUGGAGGAAUUGUGUACAUCAACCAUAUAGAUAAAGAAAUCCAAGAAUUAUCCAUAAAUUUAACGCAAAAAAUCUCGGACAGCGAUUCUAUAAUUUUGUCUGUCUUUGCUAUAAACAAAGUGGGGUUGAGAAGCAAAACAGCAAGGGCAACAGUGAUUUUAUUUUCUGAAACCGUUAAUCGCACCAACGGAUUUCUUAAAAUCCAACGAUAUCUUUGUCGUUCACAUACUUGUAAUUUCGAUUGCACUUGUUCCGUGUUAGGACAGAAAUGUCGAUUAAAUGGAGAUCAGAACGCGUGCAUAAAGGCACAUAACAACUCUGUGCUAAGAUCUGUUUCCUUCGGUCGAUUCAAUGCGCAAAUAGAUGUAACGCUGUCGUCUUCUUGUAUGUUCUCGUUUUGGACAAUAUAUUCCAAAACAUACUUUCAACGCUUUGAGUGGAGUAUCGGUGUUCAACACGAAAGUGUUGGCGCGGGUGUAUUCAAUAAAGACGUCGAAAGUAUUUGGAAAGAUAAUGGAAUUUUUAAAAAUGUCACGUUCUGUCUUAAAAAUGGUCAAUCGUUUAAACAUGACGAGUACUAUGUAUUUUAUAUUCGGGUUUGGUUGUCGGAAAGUGAAUAUGAAGAAAUCAUAUCAAAACCUGUCCUAGUAGACACAACUCCUCCAGGAAUUCGGCGAGGGAAGUCCAUGCGGGAAUCACGUCAAAGCUGUAUUCAGGAUGACAUCGAUUACCUAAAUUCAACCCAAGAUUUCCUUAUAUGUUGGAAUGGUGUAUUUACUGAAAGUGGUGCGAAAAUAGAAAAGUACAUACUGUCAGGUGGCUCUAUUCCUUAUGGUAACGACUACAUUGAUACGAUAAAUCUUGGUGUAUCCACAUCUCAUUAUAUUGAUGGCAAGACACUGGAGCCUGGGAUCAGAUACUUUUUUACUGUUACUGCCGUUAACACUCUAGGCAUGGAAAUCUCUCACGUGUCUGACGGAAUUGUAGUUGAUCUUGAUAUUCCUACAGCUGGGGUGCUAUACAACACACGAUAUCACAAAAAUAGGGAGUACCAAUCAGCAACUAACGAAUUAGGCAUUUCUUGGCAUGGUUUUGAUGAUAUGAACUCUUAUAUCAGAAAUUAUAAAAUAUAUUUGUCGGAAAACAAUGGAGAUGUUGCUUUUACAGAAAUUCUUGAUGCUGAAAUUUCAAAUUCCCAUAUUUUUACUGGGAUAUCUUUGAAACAUAACCAUCUUUAUCGAUUAUCUGUAAUUGCCUACGACGCUGUUGGUCAUUCGGUUGGUCCAAUUCAUUCCAAAUCUAUAUAUAUUGACGCUACACCUCCAUAUGGCUUUGAAUGUAUACAAUACAAAAAAAUUCCGUUCGAUUUCUCCAAAAAAUCGCAUUCUGUUUUGUUCGAAGAUACACACUUUAUUUACUCGGGCGUAGUUAAUAUCACAAAAAACGACAUUUACAAACUAUCAUUCUCAUCUUUCCAUCGUAUCCCGUCAAGUGCAGUCCACGUUCAAAUCGGAAAAGACCGUAAAGAAUUACCUCUUCUUACAAAUGCAAACGGACAGGUUUCAACUGAAUAUCUCUUUGUGGCACAUCUGUCAGGGCCAGUAAAUAUCAGUUUGUCAAUGACAAUGAGUUCUGUGUCUGAAGGACUUUCAUUUUCUCUUCAUGUAUGCAAUGAGUCUAGACUUUCGUCUUAUCCGUUUAGAAUAGCACAGAUUUCUCAGACUACUUUGCGAUUUUCUAUGUUUAUCCGAGACUACGAAAGUGGUAUCAAGAAAAUAUUACUUGGCGCUGGUACUACAGAUGCAGGGUAUCAGAUUAGACCACUGCUUCCCUUUCCCACUGGUGUUUAUGGCACUGUGCAGAUUGACGUUCCGCAUAACAGCAGUGUUUACCUUAAUGCAAUAGUUGAAAAUAAUGCUGGUUUAAAAUCCUUUUUCAAAUCAAAACCGCUUGUUAUUGAUCAUACAAAGCCAAACAUUUCAGACUUGAAGAUUGAUAUAAAAUAUAAAGAAUACAUCACCAUAAAUGGAACAAUUUUGGAAGGAAAUAUUUCUAAUUUAUCACUUAAUGACACAGAUGAAGUGUUGAUAAAUAAAACUUUUACAACAAUGGAGUUAAAAUGGAUGUCCACCGACGAGGAAAGUGAUAUUCUUAGUUGUGAAUGCGCAGCUGGUAACCUUCCCUUUUCUACAACAACAAUCAACUGGAGAGCCAGUGAAACUACUACAUCUUGCGUUCUAUCAAAUCUUGAUUUAAAACAUGGCACGCGUAUUUACGUCAGCGUUCGAUGUACGAAUGGAGUGGAGCUAAGGAACUCAAAAACACAUGGACCAGUGGUCAUUUCAUACAACCGCCCAGAAAAUCUAGCUUCAGAAGUAUUCUUUUUACCAAGCAAUUAUAUUUCGAUCAAGCAUAAAGAAUCGGCCUUACCUACGCAAUCAAAUAAAUCACAGAUUUGUUUUGGAUGGAAGGGGUUUGAAGAUGUCUCCGGUGUACUGGAAUAUGAAACUCAGAUAAAGAAGGGACAGUCAAUAAUUCAAAGAUGGAAAAGUGUUGGAGCCAAAACAUAUACUUCUGUAUAUAUAAACGGCGCUGACGGCGACGUCUACAGAGCUGAAGUAAGGGCGGUAAAUGUUGGUGGACUUGCAAGCGAACCCUCUAACAAAACCAUCAAGGUAGAUGGAAGAGCACCAAAAUUAUCAGGUUACAACGUAAUUGUGAGGAAAAUCUCACGUGAAGAAUAUAUGAUUGAUUGGAGCAAAGUCUUUGAUGAAAGAAUUGAAGGAUCUAUCGCGUUUAUUGUGUCCGUCGGCAAAAACAGAGGCUAUUCGGAUCUGUUGAAACCCACUUAUACUUUAAAUCAUACUAUUUCCAUUGAUACAGACUUCGCUUCUUCAAUUUACAUCGAUAUUUUUGGUGUUUCUUCAACGGGAAAAUAUGCCGCCUACCACAAAAUGUAUUGGAUAAAUAAAUAGGUAUUAUCCAAAAACUGGCUGAUAAUGGUUUAUUUUCUUGGUUCAAGAGUAUAGUUUUUGAUCUUUCCUUCUCUUGUAUAUGACUAUAAUGAAGUGUAAAUAGUGAAAUUAAUGUUUCUAUACUGUUAGCCACUGCGCAAUUGGGAAAAAUACGUUAUUACAUAUAAAACCUUUUAUGCUGUAUACAUAUACAGUAAUAAAAAAUUUUCGCAGAUUAAAUACUUUUUUAAGUAUUAUAGUAUGUACAUUAAUAUUUUGUAUUUUCGUAUUUCUAAGCUAUGUGCAUAUUGCUAUAAUACCCUAGUAAAAUAUC